AUGAAUCUCCCAAUGCCUCGGACUUUUGAGGAAGAGUGCGCUUUUAUCGAACGUGUUUCAGAAUGUAAGUUCAAGAUUAGGAAAGGUUUUGUGCCAAAUAUGAAUGUUGAGUGUAGGUUUUAUGUGAACAAAAGGCUUGAGGAGCAAAUGUUUGAUGAACUACGCAAUUCAAUAGGAAGAGGGGUUGGAGGAUUCUUGCCUGCUGUGCGACAACUGGGCAACGUCGCUGCUCUUCCUGGAAUAGUAGGAUACUCGAUUGGUCUUCCGGAUAUCCAUUCAGGAUAUGGAUUUUCGAUAGGAAAUAUUGCUGCUUUCGAUUGUUCCAAAAAAGAAUCCGUCAUCUCACCGGGAGGUGUAGGAUUCGACAUAAAUUGUGGAGUACGACUAAUCAGAACGAAUCUGUUCGAGAAAGAUGUAGCACCUGUCAAGGAGCAAUUAACACAAGCGCUUUUUGACUAUAUUCCGGUUGGAGUAGGUUCACGAGGCGCCAUUCCGAUGUCAGCCUCCGAUCUUGUCGACUGUCUAGAAAUGGGCAUGGAUUGGACUCUUCGGGAAGGUUACUCUUGGGCUGAAGACAAAGAACACUGCGAAGAGUAUGGUCGGAUGUUGCAAGCAGACUCUACGAAGGUUUCAACUAGAGCCAAGAAACGAGGACUACCACAGUUAGGUACUUUGGGCGCAGGAAACCAUUAUGCAGAGGUACAAGUUGUAGAUGAGAUCUUCGACAAACACGCAGCAGCGAAAAUGGGCAUUGGCGAGCUAGGGCAGGUUGUUGUAAUGUUGCAUUGUGGUAGUCGUGGAUUAGGUCAUCAAGUAGCUACUGAUGCCUUAGUGGAAAUGGAGAAGGCAAUGGCUCGCGACGGCAUAGUGGUGAACGACAGACAGUUGGCUUGUGCUAGAAUUUAUUCUAGUGAAGGACAAGAUUAUCUAAAGGGAAUGGCAGCAGCAGCGAAUUUUGCUUGGGUAAACCGAUCCUGUAUGACCUUCUGUGUACGGCAAGCGUUCGCUAACACAUUCAACAUGCAACCUGAUGAUUUAGACAUGCAGAUGAUCUACGAUACAUCCCACAACGUUGCAAAAAUGGAGGAACAUCUCGUGGAUGGUCGACCAACUCAACUCUGCGUUCACCGAAAAGGAGCAACGCGUGCCUUUCCACCACAUCAUCCUCUUAUUCCCGUUGACUAUCAACUAACAGGGCAACCAGUACUGAUUGGUGGAAGUAUGGGUACUUGCAGUUACGUGUUGACCGGUACAGAUCGGGGUAUGGUGGAGGCAUAUGGGACGACAUGUCAUGGAGCAGGACGAGCCUUGUCUCGAUCAAAAUCUCGCCAAAAGAUUCCUUGGAGUGAAGUCAUUGAAAAUUUAAAAAAGAAGGGUAUCUCAAUUCGUCUGGCUUCGCCAAAGCUCAUCAUGGAAGAGGCACCGGAAUCCUACAAGGAUGUAACUGAUGUCGUCAAUACAUGUGACACCGCGGGCAUCAGUAAAAAGUCCGUGAAAUUGCGACCAAUCGCAGUAAUUAAAGGUUGA